ACUUACUUCACUCAAUACACAUCUCCUCAAAACACACACACACACAUAUCUCUAUUAUUCCCCUAAACAAACACCUUUGAAAAGCCACAACAAUGGCUUCCAUGGCAUCAGCUGCCUUAACUUCAAAACUAAACAAGCCAAUUUUCUUAGACUCUCCCAUCUAUGGCAUGCCCUUAACAUCUCCCAUCAACAAAUCCUUCUCAUACAAACAACCCAAAUCAACCAUCUCAAUGUCAGCAACAUCAUCCCCUCCACCAUACGAUCUAGGCAACAUCAAAUUCGAUCCGAUUCGAGAGUCGAUUGUAGCUAGGGAAAUGACCAGGCGUUACAUGACUGAUAUGAUCACGUACGCUGAUACAGAUGUGGUCAUAAUGGGUGCUGGAUCAGCUGGGUUAAGCUGUGCUUACGAGCUUAGUAAGAACCCUGAUAUUAAUAUUGCUAUUAUUGAGCAAUCUGUGAGCCCUGGUGGUGGAGCAUGGCUAGGUGGUCAGCUCUUUUCUGCUAUGGUGGUGCGUAAACCAGCACACCUCUUCUUAGACGAGAUUGGUGUUGAGUAUGACGAGCAAGACAACUACGUUGUAAUCAAACAUGCUGCUCUUUUCACCUCAACCAUCAUGUCUAAGUUGUUGGCUCGGCCUAAUGUGAAGCUCUUUAAUGCUGUGGCGGCCGAAGACUUGAUUGUGAAGGAAGGGCGUGUAGCUGGUGUGGUGACUAAUUGGGCUCUUGUGUCGAUGAACCAUAAUACACAGAGUUGUAUGGAUCCUAAUGUUAUGGAGGCUAAAGUUGUGGUGAGUUCAUGUGGACAUGAUGGACCUUUUGGUGCAACAGGUGUUAAGAGGUUACAAGAUAUUGGGAUGAUAAAGAGUGUUCCUGGAAUGAGUGCUUUGGAUAUGAAUUCUGCUGAAGAUGCUAUUGUUAGAUUGACUAGGGAAGUUGUUCCUGGGAUGAUUGUUACUGGUAUGGAAGUUGCUGAGAUUGAUGGUGCUCCACGAAUGGGUCCCACAUUCGGAGCUAUGAUGCUAUCUGGACAAAAGGCAGCCCACUUGGCCUUGAGAUCAUUGGGCCUAGACAAUGCACUUGAUGGAUCUGAUAACUUACAGCCAGAGCUUCAGUUGGCUUCUGCUGAAUCUUCUGAAGUUGUUGAUGCUUAAAUUUAUCCAAAGUUUAGCCCAUAUUAAAACCCAAAUAUUGCACAAGGCCAGAAGACUAUGUAAUAAUAUGGGUUUUAGAAGCCCAAAGCAUUGGCACAAGGCUUUAGUCAUUUGUGUGUUUGGUUAAAAAAAAAAAAUAUGGGUGUUGUAAAUGCAACUUCCUUUAGAACGUUUCGGUUGUUUCAUAAAUGGUUGUAGUUUUUUGUUUCUUUUCUCAUCUGAGUUCAAUGGUUGAUCAUAACUAAUAUUGGAAAUGUCAGAAUAUUAGUAAGUGGUUGUUUGA